CCCAUGACUAAGAUACACAGCUUAACACGAGAAAGGCAAGAAAGAAUCUAAAUCAAACCCGAAUCUGAUUUAUACACAAACAUUCCAUACAAAUUUAGCGAAAGAAAAAGAGGGCAGUUCUUGUUUCGUGCAUUGGUGUUGAAAUUUCUGGUCUUUUUUUCCUUUCAUAGUGACAGGAAAAGUCGGCGGCGGCGACGACGAUGAUGCAGAAGAGGCGGAGGAGGACGACGGUGGCGGUGUUGCGCCAGGUGCUAACGUGCGCCAUAGCGACAAUAGCCCUUGUGGCGCUUCUCUCCGCUCACGUCCAAGUGAUUUUCCCCUCCUCGGAGGUAACCAAGUUGCCUGACAAGCUCCCCACGCUAUAUGAAUUUGGGUACCAAAGACGGAGCAGGGAGCGAAGCUGGACUCAAGAAUUUUUCCCGCCCCAUUUGUCAAAAGUUCCCGUGCGUGCUGGGAAGGUUUGGCAGUUGGAUGGUGCAAAUCGGAGUUCUAAUCUGGACAAGUUAUGGAGACGACCACCGAAUCGAAACUAUGUUCCUUGUGUAGUGCCCAGCUCAUUGUACACAUCUCCUCCGGAGUCUCAAGGCUACCUGCUGGUUCAUACGAAUGGUGGGCUUAACCAGAUGAGGGCUGGGAUAUGUGAUAUGGUUGCUGUUGCUCGUAUUAUAAAUGCUACUCUUGUGAUUCCAGAGCUUGAUAAACGCUCGUUUUGGCUGGAUUCUAGCAAUUUCUCCGAUGUUUUUGAUGAAGAUCAUUUCAUCAGUUCUUUGGCAAAUGAUGUCAAGAUCAUAAAAAAGCUACCUACUGAACUGGCAAAUGCAAGUAGAGCAGUUAAGCAUUUCAGAAGUUGGUCUGGUAUGGAUUACUACGAGGAAGAAAUAGCUGGAAUGUGGAAGGAAUAUAAGGUCAUUCGAGCUGCAAAGUCUGAUUCACGGUUAGCUAAUAAUAAUCUUCCCCCAGACAUUCAAAAAUUGCGGUGCCGAGCUUGUUAUCGAGCCCUUCGUUUUGCACCCGAAAUUGAGGCAAUGGGAAAGUUGUUGGUUGACCGGAUGAGAUCCUAUGGCCCAUAUAUUGCUUUACAUUUACGAUAUGAAAAAGACAUGCUUGCCUUUAGUGGAUGCACCAAUGAUUUAUCACCCGAAGAAGCCGAGGAAUUAAAAGAAAUCAGGGAGAACACCACCUGGUGGAAAGUGAAAGACAUUGACCCACUAGAACAGAGAGCCAAAGGCUAUUGCCCGUUAACUCCAAAGGAAGUUGGAAUGUUCCUUUCAGCUCUAGGAUUUCCGUCAAAAACUCCUAUAUACAUCGCCGCUGGGGAGAUAUAUGGGGGUGAAUCCCGCAUGUCUGAUCUACGAUCACGCUAUCCCUUAUUAAUGAAUAAGGAAAAGCUGGCGUCUGCUGCAGAGCUCGAACCAUUCGUCAACCAUGCAUCUCAGAUGGCUGCGCUGGACUAUAUUGUGUCAGUUGAGAGCGACAUAUUUAUUCCUUCAUACUCGGGAAAUAUGGCAAGAGCAGUUGAGGGUCAUCGUCGGUUCCUAGGACAUAGGAAAACUAUUUCUCCUGAUAGGAAAGUACUCGUUCGCCUUUUUGACAAAGUUCAGAUGGGGACAAUGAAAGAAGGCAGUAACCUGUCAACCCGCUUGAUCGAAAUCCACAAACGAAGGCAAGGAUCACCAAGGAAGAGAAAAGGGCCAAUAUCAGGAACGAAAGGAAUGGAUAGAUUCCGUUCAGAAGAGGCGUUUUAUGUGAAUCCUUUACCGGAUUGCCUGUGUCAAACGGAGCCACCAUAUACAAACAACUCCCACGCUACCAAAUAAACGAGAGACGAGAAGAAUGGGUCUCUCCCCAAGGAAAGAACACCAGAGCUUACAGGCAUCGUAAUUAUUGAAGCUAGAGCCAUAGGAUCAACUCGGUCUGCAAGAUGCGUAUAUAUCAUGUCAUCUUGGCUUCAAACUUCAUAUUACAGGUGAAGUUGUGCUUCAAGGGGAACUUAAAGCACAGAUUGUACAGAUUACAGAGGAGGAGAGAUUUCUCACAGGAAAGCAAUGUGUACAUUAAGCAAACUGAUUUUUUGUGUUUGCUUUUCUUGGGCAUUCUUUUGAACACUAGUAUAUAGGAAGAAGAGCUUUUAGUCCUGCUUUUGCAGAAAUAUUUGUAGGCAGCUCUACAUUCUUUGUUUUUAACUGGUGCAAAUGAAUGGCAGAAAUUUUCAUCACA